AUAAUACUAAACCAAAACCGAAAUAAAUACAAAAUAUUUCAUACGUUUCAGAACUGCAACUACGGCUUUGAGAACAGUUUGUAAUUAUAUAAAUACAUUUUUACAAACCGUUUUAUCAAGCAUUGUGAUAAAAAUUUUGCAGACUAAAGUUUGGUGUCUUGAUGAAUUAUUUCAGAAGGAUAGAAAUUCGUACGAGAAAAAAUAUAUUCUACAUCCCUUCAAUUUACUCCUUCAACCGAGAAUUGAGCGUUUGGAAACUAUUUUGUUUAAACAAUCUCAAAAAUAAAAACGCCAGACAUGAUGUAACCCGAUGUAAUCGGAAAGGGAUCCUUGUGCGCCUCGGAGGUUUCAUCAUGCUUCGCGUUUGUGGUGAAACUCGAUAAAAAUAUUUGAAUUUCCAGGAAUUCACAGUCGUUUCAAUUUUUCUGCAAGUAAAUCGGAAAGUCACGAUCGAUGACAUCACUUUACGCGACGAGCGUAAUAAGCGUAUAAAUUCACGCACUGUUCUCGGCAAGACGGAAUUGCCGUCAGAAAUUCGUGUCGCGUCGAGCUAAAUAUGCUUUCACACAAUUUGCUCGUCAACACCGGGAACAUACUCUCCCUGAGCGAGGCGAAGCAGAAGGCGAGUCAAAAUUCCACGGAUGAGUUGAUCGAGACAUUGAAAAUUAUUCUGAAUGACGAACAAAAUAAAGGCGACGGUACAGUGAUUAUAAAUGGAAAAGAAGGUAGAAGCUUGCAGGAUGUAGAUAGAAAAGACUUAAAGAUCACUGUUAAAGUAUUUAUCUCGUCACCUAAUAUUGAGUUAUUAAAAGAAGCCUUGGAUCAAGCAUUUAAAGCACUGCACACAGAUACUAUAGAAUCUUUAGUGAUAGCUUACAAAAGUGCUGAGAAUCCAGAAAACACCUUACCGUCCUUGAAACGAAUAUGGUCUGUAAUAGAAGAGUACAUAAAAAAUGGCAAACUGUCUAGCGUUGGAUUGAGCGACAUCAACACAAACACGUUUAUUGAGCUGUUUCAAUGGGCGGAUGUAAAGCCAAAUAUCGUUCAAAUUAGCUUAGCUACGUGUUGCGUGGUGCCGCCAGCCUUGGAAGCUUUCACUAAAGAAAAUGAUAUUCAGCUGCUGACGCAUAGUGAUCCCUGUGAAAUACUACCUCAAGAAGUAGUGGAGGAUAUAUUUGGCAGUACCGCUCACUUGUACUGGCUGAUAAGAUAUCAGAUUCAUGUCAAGUGCCGUGGAAUUUUAUCCUCGAAAGGAUAUUUAUUGCACAUUAAUAAGCCAAAUGUUAAACCUUAAUGUUAAUGAUUCUACUAAAGAUUAUUUCCAUUUGUCGAUACACGGGUUAAAACGAGAUACGUAGCGUAGCAUCUAUAAUAAGUAUGACAUUACCUAUAAUUUUAUUUUACACAUUUAUGUGAUAUGCUUUAAAAGUGUUUAAUAUUUUCUACUCUUGUGAUGAUUAUCAUUUUGAAUAUUUUAUUGUACAUAUUAGUAUAAACUAGCUUAUGCGUCAAGCUGCGAAAUGUUAUAUAUUUCUUUUAUCUCUUUUAUUAUUGGAAUCCACGAUAACUUGUAAAAUUUUGUAUAAAUUUUUAUAGAGAGUUAAGUGUAUAGGGGAUGUGCAUUUUUCUUAGUGGAAGUUGUGAAAAAGUAGUAUUUCUUUAUAUCUACAGUUGCCUGUAAAUAUAAUUAUGGCAAACACGUAAUAAAUAUAUUCUGGCAAAA